AAUCGCUGAGCCGUCGACACGGUUUAAUAGGACGGAAAGAACCAAUAGAGUCGCAGUUCGGAUCACUUCCUUAUCACAAGCUUGAUACGUGACUUAAAUUCCAUUGACGUGCGAGCACUCUGUGAAUCACAACCGGUGGCUGAGAAAACCGAGUUCUAGAACAAAGAACAGUGCAAUGGGUGUAAUCAAGUACAUCUGCCUGCUGGCUCUCAUAAUAGGAGCAUCAUUAUUGACAAUAGGCGAGGCGAAAUCAAGUCGGGAUGUUGUUGCUGAGUUAAACAGGAUUCCAGCAUCGAAAUGGCUGCAGUUUGUCGAUUCGGCUCUCGACUCAGUUAAAAGACAAAAGCGGCUAGAGGACAGUCUGUUGAGUUCCGACAUAACUGUUAGAAACGGAAGCCUUUCACACGCUCAACUCCUGGACACAUUACCAAGUUUGGCAUCAAAAGAGGACAGCAUAAUCGCUCUGAAAAUCCUGAAGUCCAGCUUAUUUGUUUACAAUAGCGAGUGCCUGCCCAAUGAAAUCGAUGGUGAUGAUUGUCGCAGUUACCUGGAGCAAAAACCCCUUCCCGAGGGCAGCAGCUUGCGAACAGAGUGCGAGAACUUGAUCAAGGGAAACCGAGAGGGUCACAAUGCCUUCAGGAGGUUACUUGAGAGCAGCCACUACAGGAACGGCUUUUAUGAGAUGUUUCCCAAUUCCGGUAGUCGCGACGCUGUUCCGGCAGCUUGGAACAUUAGUAAGAAGCUCUACGAGGCCGAUGACACUCAGUCUUCUGAAGAACAAAUUGUCGAGAACAACUUGAAUUUAGGCCUGGCACAGUGGGCUCAAUUUGUGGAGCACGAUCUCAGCAAGCCCGUAUCCCAAUCAAUGGGCAGUGGAGCUCCGAUAGAGUGCUGCAGCCGUGACCAAAACAACCUUCAGCCGCGUCACCACCACCCGGCUUGUGCUCCGAUUCUGUACCAGCCCGAUGGGAAAUACGACGUGCCUAGCUGUCUCAAUUAUGUGCGAAGUGCUCUGGCCGUGGCCGAUUGCAAUUUCGGUGGCGCCGAACAGCUAAACCAGGCCACGGGAUCCUUGGAUCUAUCGCAACUCUAUGGCUUCACCUUAGCGGCCGAGAAAAAGUUGAGGGCCCUCCAGGGAGGUCUCUUGAAGACAACGCCACGCGGAGAAUACGAUAAUGCCCUGCUGCCCAUGGCCACGGAUACGGAAGGACCUUCCUUCUGUGCCAGGGAAAGAAUUGGUGAUGGCACCUGUUUUGCAGCUGGGGACUCCCGGGUAAACAGCAAUCCCUUCUCCAUACUGAUCUACACGAUCUUUAUGCGGAACCACAACAAAUUGGCUGCCGAACUGCAUCAAAGGAAUCGCCGGUGGAACGAUGAGAAGCUCUUCCAGGCAGCCAAGGCCAUAAAUGUGGCUAUAUAUCGUCAGGUUGUCUUAGAGGAGUGGCUGCCGGCAGUGCUCGGUGAUCGUCUGGCCUCCGAGAUUAAGAGAAAACAAUAUAAGCGUGCUUUGGAGGUCUCCAAUGAAUUCGCGGUGGCCGCCAUUCGAUUCUACUUCUCAAUGCUGCCCAACGAGCUCCAAAAUCUGGCCAAGAAUAACGUAGUGGAGGGAAAUGAAAAAAUCCAAUAUGUCUUUGUGAGCAAGGAGCUCCCGACCACAAACCUAUUUGAGCUCAAGGAAGAAAUCUACAAGCCAAAGUUGCAGUACACAUCCGCAAAAUUAAACGACAUCCUCGAGAGUAUACUCAAUCAGCAGACUAUGGAUAUGGAUUCCACCUACGCUGGUGGGGUCGUCUGGCACAAGAGCACGAAGCCCACCCAUGCUGAUAUCCUGGCCACCGACAUCCAGAGGGGCAGAGAUCACGGUCUGCUGCCAUAUCAUAGGUACUUGGAAUCGUGUUUCCUAUCCAAGCCCGUGACUAGCUGGAAGGACUUGGAGCAUUUCAUUCCCAAAGAUGUUUUGGAAAAGCUGAAAACCAUCUACUCCAGUUGGGCUGAUGUAGAUUUAAUUGUUGGUGGCAUUUCGGAGAAGCCAGUUCGCGGAUCCGUUGGCCCCACCUUCAGCUGCAUAAUAGCUGAGCAAUUCGUACACGUUCUUAAACAACACGAGCAGAAGCCAGACCACAAUCACGCUCAAUUGGUGGAGGAAUAUCGUCACUUUAAUGGCACAAAACUCCUGUGCCUGAACUCCGGUCUUUCAGCUGUUCCCCAGAAUAUCUUUCAGUUGCCAUCGGCCAGUAAUCAAAUGGUAUCUUGUGCAAAUGUCUAGUGGUUGACAAUGCUCCCAACUAAAUUUAGAUGAAGUUCCUGAACCAAAAAAAGUGUACGAGUCAAAGCUCAAUAAAUACCUCAUAAAACUCUUGAAUCGCA